CUGUCACGCAGGCGCGUUCGCGCGGCGUAGGUGGCGCCAGAGGCCGCCGGGAGGGGGGGUUGUAUGCCGACAGCGCUGCCGCCAUUUUGUAGGGUGUUUGUCGCAGCUGCUGGAGAGGGGAGACGGCGUUUUGGCGACAUUUCUCCGCCAAAGGGCCACUUGCUUUCGCGGAGAUGCGGCAUUCCAAACGAACUCACUGCCCUGAUUGGGAUAGCAGAGAAAGCUGGGGACAUGAAAGCUACAGUGGAAGUCACAAACGAAAGAGGAGAUCUCACAGUAGUACACAAGAGAACAGGCAUUGUAAACUACACCACCAAUUUAAAGAAUCUGAUUGAUGUUCCAUUGGGACUGUUUACCAGAUUGCUUUCUAAAUUAGCCAGCUGGGGUUACUUUAAAAAACAGACCUGUGUGGAAAUAAAAACGAAUGCCUAUACCCUCGUCAAUCUUGGCUAUUUUGAAAGGCUACAGUGAAAUAUUCACUGGGCAUUCAGUGAAUAUUUUUAAAAAUUAAAUCAAUCUGUUGUCCUGUCUACCCUCUCCACAGCCUGUGAAAUUCUGUAGACUUUGUUUAUAUAAUCCCUCAGCCUUGGUCACUGGCCAUUAUAGAUCAAAGAGACACUCAUCCUUUUAGUUUAUCCUCAUGGUAUUGUUUUACUGCAUGUUUUGUUAUGCUAGUAAUUUGGAUUACUAGCAGUUCUACCUUCAUGUAUUAUUCCUGCUAAAGAUUGUUAGUGUUAGUUUUUUCUAAUAGAUUUUGGACUUUUGUGGGAAGGAUGCCUUACAGAAUAAAACAGGAUGCCCUUAAGAGUAUGCUCAUUUCUAGCUGCUUAUAUUGUAGAUCUCUUUCUGACAGUUCCAAGCCAACUGAUCAGAUCCCUGACCUAUACCCACAGUGUUACCCUGAUGUCCUGAGUUCUCCAAUGGAUAGAACUUAAGACUGACACUAGGCAGAGAGAAGAGAGUUCCUGCAACUCCCCAGCCUGCAUUUGAUGGUAGCCCUGUUGGUGCUCCAUGUGCAUCCCUCUUGAAGCUUCGCACUCUGUUGAAGAGGACACUCAUCCCAGUCAUUAUUUAGAAGCAAGGUCCUUGAAUGAGAGAGAUUAUCGGGACCGGAGAUACGUUGAUGAAUACAGGAAUGACUACUGUGAAGGAUAUGUUCCUAGACAUUAUCACAGAGACAUUGAAAGCAGUUAUCGAAUCCACUGCAGUAAAUCUUCAGUCCGAAGCAGGAGAAGCAGUCCUAAAAGGAAGCCUAAUAGACAUUUUGGUUCAAGUCAUCAUUCACAUUCGAAGAGCCACCGAAGGAAAAGAUCCAGGAGUAUAGAGGAUGAUGAGGAGGGUCACCUGAUCUGUCAAAGUGGAGACGUUCUAAGAGCAAGAUAUGAAAUUGUGGACACUUUGGGUGAAGGAGCCUUUGGCAAAGUUGUAGAGUGCAUUGAUCAUGGCAUGGACGGCAUGCAUGUAGCAGUGAAAAUCGUAAAAAAUGUAGGCCGCUACCGUGAAGCAGCUCGUUCAGAAAUCCAAGUAUUAGAGCAUUUAAAUAGCACUGACCCCAACAGUGUCUUCCGAUGUGUCCAGAUGCUGGAAUGGUUUGAUCAUCAUGGUCAUGUUUGUAUUGUGUUUGAACUGCUGGGACUUAGUACCUAUGAUUUCAUUAAAGAAAACAGCUUUCUGCCAUUUCAGAUUGACCACAUCAGGCAGAUGGCGUAUCAGAUCUGCCAAUCAAUAAAUUUUUUGCAUCAUAAUAAAUUAACCCAUACAGAUCUGAAGCCUGAAAACAUUUUAUUUGUGAAGUCUGACUAUGUAGUCAAGUAUAAUUCUAAAAUGAAACGUGACGAACGCACACUGAAAAGCACAGAUAUCAAAGUUGUUGACUUUGGAAGUGCAACGUAUGAUGAUGAACAUCACAGCACUUUGGUAUCUACACGGCACUACAGAGCUCCAGAGGUCAUUUUGGCUUUAGGUUGGUCUCAGCCUUGUGAUGUUUGGAGCAUAGGUUGCAUUCUCAUUGAAUAUUACCUUGGUUUCACAGUCUUUCAGACUCAUGAUAGUAAAGAGCACCUGGCAAUGAUGGAACGAAUAUUAGGACCCCUACCACCACACAUGAUCCAGAAAACAAGAAAACGCAAGUAUUUUCACCAUAACCAGCUAGAUUGGGACGAACAUAGUUCUGCUGGUAGAUAUGUUAGGAGACGCUGCAAACCAUUAAAGGAAUUUAUGCUUUGUCAUGAUGAAGAACAUGAAAAACUGUUUGACCUGGUUCGAAGAAUGUUAGAAUAUGAUCCAACUAAAAGAAUUACUCUGGAUGAAGCAUUGCAGCAUCCUUUUUUUGACUUAUUAAAAAGGAAAUGAAAUGGAAAUCAGUGGUCUUACUAUAUACUUCUCUAGAAGAAAUUACUUAAGACUGUGUCAGUCAACUAAACAUUCUAAUAUUUUUGUAAACAUUAAAUUAUUUUGUACAGUUAAGUGUAAAUACUGUAUGUUUUGUAUCAAUAGUAUCAUUAUCUUGUUAAGUAAGUAUGGUCUUGAUAAUGAAUGAAAUAUAAAAGUUAAAAUUAAUUUUUCUUGAGAUUAAUUACGGUUUUUAAUGACCUUUGGAAUAUCCUUUGUGUCCAGUGAUAAAUGUGAUUGAUCUUGUCUUUUGUACAUGGAGAUCAACUCUGAAGUGAUUUUUUUUGAGUAAAAGGAAUAUUGACUACUUUAUAAUCUUAAAUGAAUAUUCUUUAUAUACCUCAAAUUUAGAACUUUUCUUAAUUUUAAAAGUUUUUUCUGUAAUUGUUGAACGGGUAAUAAUUAUUAUCAACUCUAGAUAGGCAGGUAUUGGAAACCAAAACCCAUAGAAAAUUCACUGUUAGAAUUUUAUUAUAAGUACUGUGUUCUGUUUCAUUUGGUGACGUCUGUGGGGAUAAGUAGACAUUCAUGGAAAGGCAUCCAGUUUGUCCAUUAUGACAGGUGGUUUAGUAAAACCACAUGCACACUUCAUUUAAGAUUAAAGUCUGACUGAAAACUCA